UAUUAAACAAAUAAAAAAAUAAAUAAAUAAAUAAAUAUAUGCACGAUAAAAGACAAAGAGACGACGACGACGACAGGAUGAAAGCAAAUACCGCUGCAACAAAAAUUCAAGCGAAUUUUCGCGGUUAUCGUGUUAGAAAACAAUUAAAAGAAACAAAAUCACCACAACAACAACAACAACAACAACAACAAUUGCAACCUAAAAGACAACAAAGUGAUGAUGAUGAAGAAUCAUUUACAUCAUCGUCAAGUACGUCAACGUUGAAAAGACAAAAUACCAGAGAAGCUUUGGAAGAAAAAUCGGCAACCAAAAUACAAGCUGGUAUACGCGGAUAUUUGGUUAGAAAAAAACAACAGGCUGAACAAUUGGCAGCAACAAGAAUUCAAGCCAAUUUUCGUGGAUUUAGAACGAGAAAAUUACUCAAACAAAAUGGACAGUGAUCAUCCGAAAUUUUGGACUCUAUUUAAAAAGCA